CACCUCCCCCGUUGCCAGGACAGCUGCAGCAGUCGCCCGAGAUGCAGAGUGUCGCCGUCCUCGCCUGCCUGCUGGCCGCCGCCCACGCCGGGAUCGUAGCGCCGGCCCACCUCCCCGCGGCUCCAGCGCCGGCGCCGGCCCACGCCGUCGUCUACGACCACUACGCGCCGCCCAGCUACAGGUUCGACUACGCCGUGGCCGACUCGCACACGGGCGACGCCAAGACGCAGUUCGAGCACCGCGACGGCGACCGUGUGACCGGCGCCUACAGCCUCAUCGACGCCGACGGCACGACCCGCAUCGUCGAGUACACGGCCGACGACCACAACGGCUUCCAGGCGGUCGUGAAGCGCGUCGGACACCCGACGCCGGCGCCGCCCAGGGCCGUGGUCGUGGCCGCCCCUGCUCCGGCGCCCGCCGCCCACAGUCCAGUGUACGCCCCCGCUCCCGUCGCCCACGCCGCGGUGUACGCCGCCCCUGUCGCCCAUGCGCCAGUGCACGCCGCCCCUGCUCCCGCCCCCGCCGCCCACGCAGCUGUCCUGGCCGCCCCCGUUCCCGCCGCCCACGCAUAUGCUUACCCGGUACCAGCACAGGAUCCUGCACACCUAUCUCACCACGGAAAUUCGCUGCCGACUGUCGUGACUGCCGCAGCGGUCAUAACCAUAGCGUGCGGCGGCGGCCAUUACUUUCUCUGCUCGAGCCGCGUAUAUAAGUUGCGGGCGCUCGGCCAGCAGCCACCACAGACUGCAGCGCGCACCACCAUGAGAGCCACCGUAGUCGCCCUGGCGUGCCUGCUGGCCGCCGCCCACGCCGGGCUGCUGCCCCACGCGCCGCCCCCGCCGCCGCCGCCGCCGCCGCCCCCGCAGCACGAGAUCAUCUACGACUACGUGGCGCCGGCCAGCUACCGGUUCGACUACGCGGUGCGCGACGGCCACACGGGCGACGCCAAGACGCAGUGGGAGCACCGCGACGGCGACACCGUCCGAGGCGCCUACUCGCUCGUCGACGCCGACGGCACGACGCGCAUCGUCGAGUACACCGCCGACCCGCACAACGGCUUCCGCGCAGAGGUCAAGCGCCUGGGACACCCCGCGCCGCCGCCCCCGCAGCCGCGAGAGAAGCCAAUAAGGGAUCGUCAGGGGUGA